CAUCUUCAUUUCCUCCUUACAUGCUCGUAAAGUAAUAUCAGAGAGAGCAGACGUGUAGCUGAGAGAGUUGAGGGAGGACAGAUCUGAUGUCUUUAAAGUCUGUGUCUCUUUCAGUGUUUCUUCAUCGCCCCUUAACGAUCGGCCCUAACGUCCCAGGUGGAGCGGCACCAGGUGGGAUGGCAGAAGCCUGUGUGGCUUCAAGGCCUCAGGUGUUUGUGGUGGACAGCCAGGCCAGCUACGUCUCGGCACCUGUGGGGAAGAAGCGGAGGUGGGAGAAAGUGGGCCAGAAGUGUCUGCUCAUGCUAUUGGGACUCGUCGUGUUUGGACUUGUUGUUCAGGGCUGUUUAAUCCACAAUCUCUACCAAAAAACAGAGGCCUUCUCUCUCUGCAGGUCUCAUCCUCUCUGCCAGAACCUGUCAGACCCCGGAUCAUACCCCCCAUCAUCCGGCCUGCAGGACGGCAUCAUACUGAGUCGAGUGGGAUCUGAAGCGUCCAAUCAGAUUUCAUCGAUGGAUCAAACGGAGGAGGUACAGCAGAGACCCUUCGCUCACUUGACGGGAUCCAGUAAGACCGUAGACCAGCACCAUGUGGUGCAGUGGAUGACGAAUGUUGGGGAAACCAUCACCCACAAAAUGGGCUACGAAGACGGUCGGUUGCUGGUGGAGGAGGAAGGUUUCUACUACCUUUACUCCAAAGUGACCAUCGGUGCUGAAGAAGACUGUUUGUUCUUCCAGCACGAAGUCCUGAAAGACAUCAAAGCGUACGGAAAACCCAUCCAACUAAUGAAGUCCAAAAGAGUCCGAUGCUGGACUCACAGAUUUUCAGAGGACACAUCUCCGAGUGGGGAGGAGUCGUGGAACAGCUUCCUGGCGGGGAUCUUUCACCUGCAGAGUGGAGACAAAGUUUACGUCAAACUGGACAGCAAGAAGAAGGAGCCCCUGGCCCCCGGGGACAACCUGAUGGGGGCCUUUAUGAUAUACCCCUGUGGUGUAACUACUCCGUGCCCGACUCAGAGGCCACAUUGACACAAAACGUUUGUUUCUUCAGCAAUAACUAUAAAGUGACCUCAUGCAAACACAAAGACCUGGGGGGGAGGGGGGUGUACCUUACAGGCGUGUAUAUGGUUUGUAUUUAUUCUGUUUACAUAAAAUGUGUGUGUUAUCAAAAUU